AAGUGAAAGCCAGCUAUGUUCAGAGCAGUGUUUGGAAGCAGCCGGAGAGAGGCGAGAGGAAAAGAAGCGGAGCAGAAAUGUCCAGGUCAGGAGGUGUUUGCUCAUGGAACCUUGCAGAGGAAUACUGGUGGGCACGCUACACAUGAGAAAGACAGUGACGACACUGAAAGCUCAGCAAAACAGAAGAGACUAUCCAAGGGAGUGUCCAUUUCCUUACCGUCCUCCCCUGUUCUCCCUCGUCAGAGUUACUUAGUUCCCUUCCAGUCCUGCGGAAAGUCCCCAGGACUGGUAAGGAAGCAGGAGUAUGUGGAUGGCUCUUCUAAUCCAAGAAACUCUCUUUUCUUUGCCUUUUGCCGUGACAAGACAGAGCACAGAGACCUUCAUGUGGAGCCCCAGACAGGCUCCUCCCUUUCUCCCCAGGAACUGAUGACCAGACUAUGCUUCUUAUUGGGAGAAGCAACGCCCAGCACAGCUAGCUGUCCUAUGGAGGACAGGAGGGAAAAGAAGUGUGAUUCUUCAGCGCAGGGGGGGAGUCCCUGCUCCACUCUGACCUGUAGCACGGCCUCACCCUCUUCAGAAAGCCCCUCUUCUACCUUGAACGCUGGUGGUCAACAGUUCCCUCUUCCUUUGCCUCAUUGUGGCUCCAGCACCAGUGGAAGCCUUUCCAGCCCUGUAGCCGUCCCUGUACCCUGGCCUUCUGCUGGCCCCCUCAGUGCAAACAGCCCUGGUCCUCCUCCCCAAAGCCCCUCUUCCACCCUGGAGAGCAAGGACAGUGGAAUAAUAGCUACCAACACAAGUUCUUCUGAGAAUGAGGAGCGCAACGCCUCCAGUGCGGAUGUGACAAAGGAUGAAGGCUCAGGGGGUGGCACUGUGGUGAUGGGCCAUGCAAACGAAAGCUGCCAUGCUGGGCCUACCAGGGACACUCUGACUGCCCAACCAGAUGAGGCCUUACCUAGAACUGACAUCAUGGAUACCAGGACUCCUCCCCCACCAAAGAGACCCCUUCCACAGCAUCACAUCCACAGCACCUCCUCCCCAGUGAUGCCGCGGCCAAAUUCUGUGGCAGCUACAAGCACCACUAGACUGGAGGAUUUGAGUUUUCUGGACACCCAAAGGGCUGCUGGACAAAAGGGCUCCAUUCGCAAACACUGUACAGCUGGACGCACAAGUGACGAAUCCAAAGGGAGACUGGUAACAUUUAGGCAAGGUGACAUCAUGCUGAAGCCGCUAUUGUUUGAAGUCCCUGGCAUCACUUCAGAAACACCCUUUGUGGGCCGGGAUUGGCUGUUUGUACGACUGGAGGAGGUCUAGAAAACCAGCAGCUGUGAGGGACGAGGUGCUGUUAUUGUGGGUAACGCAGGUUCCGGCAAGACUGCGAUUAUCUGGCGUCUGAUGACACUCAGCAGCCAUUCCAUGCGCACAUCACAAGGAGGUCCUACAAUCCCUCACAGCCCCAGUUCAUCCCCUAGAUGUGGGGAUGGGCUGGGAAAAGCAGCCUCCAAGCGGGCGUCUGAUUCCCAAGCCAACCACAGUGCUGCUGCUGGGACAAAUGAUACCACAUCACACAGGGAGGAGGCUGAAAAUUGUCUGGCUGCUAAGGUGGUAGCGUACCAUUUUUGUCAGGCUGAUAAUACUUACACCUGUCUAGUACCAGAGUUUGUUCAUAGUGUCGCCGCCCUGCUGGCCAGAGCACCACAGCUCACCCCCUACAGGGAACUACUGGUACAAGAACCUCACUUGCAAAACACACUUAGUCUUCGAUCAUGUGUGCAAGACCCCUUCGCUGCCUUCCGCAAAGGUGUCCUCGAGCCCAUCACUAACCUCCGCAAAGAGAGGAGGCUACCUGAAGAAGACUACAUCAUAUUGGUCGACAGUCUAAAUGAAGCAGAAUUCCAUAAACCGGACUAUGGUGACACAGUUGCCACCUUUAUAACAAAGAUUAUCUCGAAAUUUCCCCAAUGGCUCAAGAUGGUGGUCACUGUCAGGACAGGCCUGCUGGAAAUCACAACUCUUCUACCUUUCUCUGGCAUCUCUCUGGACAUCCUGCCAGACAGUAGUGACUUAGGAGCUGAUCUAAGUGACUACAUUCAUCACCGAGUUAGCAGCAGUACACAGAUAGCUGCUAAUGUCACCACGCCGACAGGCACGGCCCCUGAUCCACUGCUCCUCAGCAAAUUCAGCAGUCACUUGUCAACACGGAGUCAUGGCUCUAUUCUCUACCUUCGGCUGACUCUGGAUCUGUUCCACAAGGGCCAUCUGGCUUUGAAAGGAGGAAACUACCUAGUGGUGCCUGUCUCCCUGGCAGAGGUCUACCUGCUGAUGUGUCACGAGAGUUUUCCAGAUAAAGAGGACUUUGAUCGGGUGUGUCCAGUGCUAAAUGUGGCACUGGCGUCUCUGCACCCACUUACUGAUGAACAAAUGUUCAGGGCACUGAAUGCAGGCAGUGUGAAUGGGGAGAUGGAGUGGAAGGACUUCCAGCAGAGACUGGACAGCCUGGCUGGUUUCAUGGUGAGACGCCGGGAUGGAACACGAAUGUUGUGCCAUCCCUCCUUCAGAGAGUGGCUGGUCUGGAGAGCAGAUGGAGAAAGCACUGAUUUUCUCUGCGACCCGAGGAGUGGCCACGCUCUCCUGGCCUUCAUGUUCUCCAGACAGGAUGGCAAGUUGAACCGGCAGCAGACCAUGGAACUGGGCCAUCACAUCCUCAAGGCUCACAUAUUCAAGGGUUUGAGUAAGAAAACAGGUGUGUCCUCCAGUGUUCUUCAGGCCAUGUGGGUGACUUGCAGCACAGAUAGCCUCUCAGCUGCGCUGGCUUCCCUGAGGAACCUCUACACACCUAACAUCAAGGUUAGUCGUCUGUUGAUGCUCGGUGGUGCCCGUGUGACCUGGUGUACAGAGAUAUUAGGUCAUGCUCCCAUCCUGUGCAUUCAUGCAAAUUUGGGGCAUUUGGAGAUGGUAGCUCUGCUCCUUGAAAUGGGAGCACCUGUCAAUGGAACUACUGACAGCGGAAUGACAGCACUCUGCUUUGCCGCUGCUGCAGGACACACCGAGGUUGUCCACCUGCUGUGCAAGAAAGGGGCCAUGGUGGGCCAUGUUGAUAAAAGCGGUCACUGUUCACUAGUCCAUGCAGGGUUAAAAGGCCACACAGAAAUCAUCCACAUCCUACUGGGGCAAGACUGGGGAGCAGAGAAUCCUGCUGAGGGUCAGCAGGAGCACAGUAGUGAGAUGGUUAUUGGAAAGUCACAGGCUGCACAACAGGCAGCUAUAGCUGCAGCUAGCAUGGGACACAUACAGGCAGUAAAGAGCUUGCUGGAUUUGAAUGAUGAACAGCUGGUGGUGCAGAUGGACACUCACGACUCUCUCUGGGGAGAAACAGUGCUGAGUGCAGCCACCAGCAGAGGGAGGGCAGAGAUGUGUGCACUCCUCCUGGAGAGAGGAGCAGGGCUGGAGGUACCCAACCGCAGGGGGAUGGUCCCUUUGCUCAGCGCCACCAAACACGGACACACACAGGUUGCAGAGUUGCUGCUGAAGCAUGGUGCCGACAUUAACGUCAGUGACAAACAGGGUCGCACCGCCCUCAUGCUGGCUGCAUCUGAGGGCCAUAUGAGCACUGCAGAACUCCUGCUGUCCAAGGGUGUGUCUCUGUCGUCUACGGAUCAUGAAGGGCUGACUGCGGUUAGCUGGGCCUGUUUGAAGGGCCAGAAAGGGGUGCUACAGCUUCUGGUGGAUGCAGGUGCAGACCUAAACCACCCAGACAGACAGGGACGGACUCCUCUUGAUUUGGCUGCCCUACAUGGAGAUGCAGAUAUAGUGCACUGCCUGGUAGAACAUGGAGCAGUGCUGGAGAGAGCUGAAAAUAAUGGGACCAGAGCUCCAGACCAGACUGUCGGCUGCCAGAACCCAGCCCUGGUGGCUUCGCUGCUCAAGAAAGGAUCCAAAAUGGGUUUCAGGACGGCUCAACACGAUCGAUCAGGUCACGCUACGUGGGCCAUGGCUUCCUCCAAACCAGACAUCCUCCUUAUCCUGCUGCAGAAGUUGAUGGAAGAAGGCAACAUGCUCUACAAGAAGGGACGUAUGAAGGAGGCGGGCCAGCGUUACCAGUACGCUCUGAGGAAGUUACCUCGAGAGGGACAAGGAGACGAACUGAAGGGCCUGAAAGACCUGCGAGUCUCCCUCUAUCUCAACCUUUCUCGCUGCCGCAGGAAAACCAAUGACUUUGGGAUUGCAGAAGAAUUUGCAACAAAAGCUUUGGAAUUGAAACCCAGAUCUUAUGAAGCGUAUUAUGCCAGAGCUCGAGCCAAGAGGAGCAGCAGGCAGUUUGCAGCAGCACUGGCAGAUCUCCAUGAAGCGGCACGACUCUGCCCGUCCAACCGCGAAAUCCGCCGUCUGCUGGGAAGGGUGGAGGAGGAAUGCAAACAUCACCAGAAGAUAUCAAACACCAGCACCAGGGACCCUCACACACACCACCGUCCACCUCCAGAGGAGGAGAUGGACCCCUAUUCACAGGCAAGUCUAGAGAGGCCAACCCCUGCUGAUGCAGAGAAGGAGGAAGAGAAGGAAGAUGCUGACGAGGAGAAGGCGAGACUCCAGUGUGGCAAAAGCCCAGACGUUUGGCCUCUAAAUCCAUACGCGCCCAACAAGACUCCCCCUGGAGGUGUCGCCUUUGGUUUGGCAGAUCAGGGGCCAUGUUUUCCUCGGAAGGACUAUGUACAGAACCAGCUGUUUGUGGACAUGCCCGAGCCUGUUCCUGCAGUCACCAGGCAGACCCAAAACCAGGGCAGCAGAACUCACCACCACUGCCACUCGCUCCAGUCAGUGAGCAGAGACGGGGGCAGGCCUCAGUCUCUGUGCGGCUCCUCCAGCCCACUGCCAGGUAGACACAUUUCCACCUCCCUGAGGCCUGCACCCGUGCUCGGUGUUGACAUUGGCUCCGUACCAACCAGUGAACAGUCUGCACACAGUCCCACCGACCACUUUCACCCCAUGUCCCCCAGCAACGCUUCACCACCCGGUCCAAUCCCGCUUUACCAUCCUCGCUCCGCCAGCUUCUCCAGGGGCUCUGACAGACUCUCCACACAUUCUGUGGCUCUGGAUAGUCUGGCUCUGGCGUCCGGUAUGGAGGUCAGGAGGGAGGGCGGUGGAGGAACAGCAGGCUCACGGGGCUCUAGCUCCAGUCAGGCCUCCAGUGGGAACCUCUCAGACAGCGGCAGACAAGUUCCAGAUGUCCCGUGUCCCAUUAAAAACAGUGGAAGCUUCAAAGGAAAACCAGAUCUUAAGCCCCGCCCUUUCAUGGGCGUCACGGACAAAGUGGUGCGAGUCCAGGGCCAGCAGACCGGUAGUGUGGGUCGACAGGGGCAGGGAGGUGGAGGGGCAGAGAGUUUCAAUAUGUCCAUGAUGGAAUUACAAGGUUUAAACAGCGAGUUCAAACACGCUUCGUUCCAGGAGCAGCUUUCUGUAAGUCAGGCCAACAGUCAGCAGCACGGCAGGGAGUUUGGAGACCGACUCCACCAGCGGGACGCCAGAGCCACCACAUCCUCCCAGCAACGCUUCCCCGAUGGGAGGAACCGACAGGCCAGCUUGACGAGAGACAACCCGGCCCUUCACAUGGCUCCCAUGAAACCAAAACGCUCAUUCAUAGAGUCCAAUGUCUGAAUAUAGUUUAUCAAAGCACAGAAACAAGCUGUUAAAAGAAC